CAACAUCCUGUCUUUCUUGUCUGUGCUUGUGUAGUUGGAAAUUUAUAUUUUUAUCAGAUUUCCAUCGAAAAAAAUGGACUGUAGGUUAUCAGGUACAAUACAAAAACUGAGUAAGGCAAGAACAACAGUCAUGAAGAAAAGUUUCAAAACUUGUAAUUGAAACUGACAAGAUUGAUUUCAAGCAAGACAAGUGACGCCACAUUACACAACAGAAGUAUCAAAAUGAAUAACGAUGAAGACGAUGAAGUUAAACCCAAUGUAUGUGAAGUGACGAAUAACGAAGAAAACGAUGAAGUUAAAUCCAGUGUAUGUGAAGUGAUGAUUAACGAUGAAAUCGAUGAAGUUAAACCAAGUGUAUGUGAGUUAUGUGAUAAGUGUUUUUAUGACAGCGAUGAACUUGACAAACAUUACAAUGAACACACACUAGAUACUACAGAGUAUAAUGUAGAAAAUCAUAAAACUAAACCAGAAUCAUUGUUUAAAUGUGGAAUUUGUGGGCAGAAUUUUAAUAGCGGUGAAGAGUUAUCAGAUCAUUCAGUAACACAUAUUCCAGAUGAAAUCUAUACAUGUGAUAUAUGUAACAAGCCGUUCCUGACCAAGGAGGAUAUCAGUGAUCAUUACAACACAGCUCAUGAUAACGAUAAACCUUAUAAAUGUGAAAUAUGUGGCAAAGGUUUUAUACUCACUAAAACUUUAGAAAAACACAGGCAGAUACAUAUCACUGGUAAACCUUAUAAAUGUUCAGAAUGUGGCAAAGGAUUUACAGAAAAUGGAGCAUUGCAGAGUCAUUUAAAAAUUCAUUCGGGAGAAAAACCAUAUAAAUGUCAGGUUUGUGGGAAGGCUUUCCGUGAAAGUGGCACUCUAGUCAUACACACACGCAUACAUACUGGGGACAAACCAUAUAAGUGUGAGCUGUGUGAGAGAGGAUUUGUCACCAGUAGCAGUCUUAAAGCUCAUAAAGAAACACACACUGGAAUCAGGUCACACAAAUGUGAAUAUUGUGGAUUGAAGUUCCGACAGAGGGCUGGUUUAAAGAUUCAUUUACCAAAGCACACUGGGGAAUAUCUUUAUCGUUGUGAAGUAUGUGAUAAAGGUUUUGCUCUGAAAGGUAGCUAUAACAUUCAUAUGAACAUGCAUAAGGGAGCUCUGAUUUACAAAUGUGACCAGUGCGACAAAGCAUAUGCUGCUAAACAUAUGCUCAAACUUCACCAACAUAUGCACACUGGGGAAUUCCCAUAUAGAUGUAAUCUGUGUGGAAAAGGUUUCCUCGGAAAAGGAAAUCUAACAUGCCAUCUACGUAUACACAGUGGCGAGAAACCUUUCAAGUGUGAAUUCUGUCCAAAAGCCUUUGCCAUCAGUGGUAACCUACAGCAGCACGUCAAGAUACAUACCCGUGAAAUGAUGUUUAAAUGUGACAUCUGUUCUCAUGAGUUUGUCACAAGUGUAUCAUUACGUAAACAUGUACGUGUUCACACGGGUGAAAAACCUUUCAGAUGCGAGAUAUGUGGAAAAAUGUUUGCACAAAAUGCCAAUCUCAAAAGACACAAAAUUAUACACACAGGAGAAAAGGAGUAUAAAUGUGACAUCUGCCAAAUGGAAUUCAACAUGCCAACAAAUUUAUACAGACACAAACGUGUCCAUUCAGAAGAGCGCAAAUAUGAAUGUACCCACUGCAAUAAAGCAUUCAAAAGUAAUGGUAACCUUCAGCGCCAUAUGAGAAUUCAUACAGGGGUAAAACCUUUUCAGUGUAAUACCUGUGGAAGAGAGUUUGGCCAUAGUGAAAGUCUACAGCGCCAUACAAGAACCCAUACAGGUGACAAACCUUAUAAAUGUGACACUUGUGGGAAAUGUUUUGCUGAUAAUGGUUGUUUGGCCAGACAUAAAUCCGUCCAUGAUCCAGCAGGCAAGAAAUAUAAAUGUGAUAUUUGUCAUAGAUACUUUGUUCUUAACUCUAGUAUGAAGAGACACAAGAAAGAGGUCCAUGGUGUAGCUGAUGAUUCUAGUCUAGAUGAUCAAACAUCCAAUGGUAUCAGUUAUAACAGUGAUGCUACUACAGAAGAGGAAAAUGAAGAAGAUAUUCUCAAAUACACUUCUAAAAAGAUAUUAAAUUUUAAUGAAAAUUCUAUUAAAGUGGAACCUGAUAAUCAUGACAAUUAUGAUAAUCAUAAUGAUGAGCAAUGUGAUUGAUGUUAUAAAUGUACAAUAUAGAUAAAUAUUAUAUUUAUAACUAUUAUAAAUUGUUUUCAGCAUAUAUCCUCUAUAUAUGUGUAUAUCAAAUAAUUUAUUUAUUCAUUUUCAAUGAAUGAUUCAAAGAUGAAGGUGUUACAGUUGAUUUCAUUGAGUUUGUAGCUAAAGAUAAUAUCUUUCGUUAGCUUGCUUGCUAGCUGAACCAUGAAGUCAUUAUUGAAGGAGUUAGAGAUUAAAUCUUGUACAUUGUACUUAAAAGUAAAAUUGAGGAUUUGUGAUAAUUUAAGUAAGAAUAUUUAUUAUCUGUUUUAAUACACAACUGAAGGCUAAAUAGAUUAAGGGAAAUAAAAUAUUAAAACUUUUCUGUAACUGCAUGUAUAUAAAAAUACCAAUUGUACAUUAUUUGUGAUAGUUGUUAAAUUAUUCUUUAAUAUACAUAUUUGUUGUGCAUUUAUAUUUAUUGUUAGAAUACAUGUAUAGGAAUAUUGAAUUUAGUGAUUGUAGUCAUUGUUACAGAUUGGAUUACACAUAUUGAAUCUUAUAUAUUAGAUACGCAUUUUAUUUAUGUUAUUAGAACUACAUGCAAUGAAAAUAUUUUAUUUACAUUUAUUAAAUGCUGAAAAUUUGAUGGGUCAUACCUGUGUAGUGAAACAUUUAAGGUGAAGCCAAUUUGUGUGUAUGUAUAUUGGUGUUUCUAACUUUUUAUUAAUGCAUGCAAAGUUUGAAAGUUGUGUGUUUGAUUUUGUAAUGGAAAAUAUGUUCUUUUGCUAUGUAAAACUGUCUGAUGAAUCACUGCAGUCUGCUCCUUUUAAUUAUUAGUGAUUCAAUAUGUUGAGAAUUAUGUCUACUGGUUAUUUUAUCUUAUUAGGUUUUGUUUUUUUAUUAGAGCCUUUUUUAUCAUGUUUAUCCAUUAUAAUUUAAUAAUGCUUUCAAAAAUGCAUGUUCCUGUAUUGAAAAUACAUUUUCGAACUUGUUCAUGUUUUUUUUUUAUUGUAAUUGAUAAUUUUACAUUAAUCUGUUAUCAUUGAUGUUGCACAAUACAUAAAUACAUGAUGCAUGACACAUUCAAAUAUAUAACCAACAAGUUUUGAUGAGAAGUUUUUAUACUAAUUAUAUGUAGGAAAAUUGAUAUAAUGGAUGCACCUUCAUUUCUAUCAUAUCUGUUAGCAUGUGAAAUGUCUGGCUUUUUUCAUUAGAAGAAAUCAAAAGACAGAGAUUUGUCAAUUUUUACAAUAUGUGUUCAGUUGAUACAAGUGCAGAUAGAAAUAUUUAAAACUUUUUUUAAUUUUUGAAAAUUUAAACAUUAAAUUUGUGAGAAAUUUACGAAUUUAUAUUCUUUGUUUUCUUUGACAUGUUUGAUUUUCACAUUUCCUACCAAUAUUUUCAUUGAAUUGAAAGAAAUAGAUGUCUUUUGUUUCAUUAUAUGUUGUCUACUCAAAAGUAAAGGUGAUGGUUUGCUUAUUUUGUUCUUCAGUUUAUGAUAUAAGUGAUCUUCCUGUUUGUUGCUUGUAGUGAUUAAUACAUUUUCCCACUAAAUUACUUCAUCAGCCUAUGGCAUAUACAUGUAUAUGGAGAAACUUUCCAAACAUGUAAUUGUUUAAAUAACUAAUGUCAUCAUUCUACUAUGAGGCAAAUUUAAAAAGAUUUUUUAUUUUUUCAUUUGCAGCUAGUUAGCAAUAACUUGGUUAUGGUGGUACCUUACACUACAGGGAGAUAACUCUGUAAAAUCAGCUAAAUGUUUUAAUAACAUUGACUUUUUAAGGAAAUAUUAAGCUUCUCAAUGAUUAAAAUUAGCGUUUGUCAAACUGCUAUCUAUCCAACCACCUUUGUUCCGAGAAAGUGAUUGGUUCAAGUUUUCUGAAAUUUUUAUAUUUUUUUCAACAUGUUCAAAGGGUCAAAGUAAAUAUUUUGUCAAAACUUUAUGAAAAUUAAACGAACCAAAUAAAUUUUAAUCAAGGUGUUGGGUAUAUAUAUAUACCACCUUAAAGAAAUGUAAAAACAAAUGUUUUUGGUUGUUUGGCUUUCUUCAUUUUAAACUACAAGUUCUGUUUUUGGUUUUUACAAAGUUAACAUGAAAUUUAAAGGGGGAGAUUUUCUUCAAAGAUUUGUAAUAGUUAUAUAAAACUAAGAAUAACAAGACUUCCUGAAAUAUUGAUGAUUGAUUAUACAGUUAUCCUUUAACAUAUAUUUUAUGUCCAAAUAAAAGUUAAAAGCAAUACGUUAUAAUGUAUAUUAUAAAUUUAAUAUGGUGGUUCACUAUUUAUUUAUUGAUUUGUAGGUCAUGUAAGUUCACAAAGAUAUUUAUUUAUAUUAAUUAUGAAAGGACGUUGUUAAUGUGUGUAAAGCUUUACCUGUAUGUGAUUGUUAUAAAGAAUUUAUA